GAUGGCUGCGGCGGAUGCACAGGGCGGGAGAAGCGGUGGCGGCGGAGGUGGUGGUGGAGCUUGCGGUGGCCCCAGCGGCGGGACAAGCAGUAGCCGCAGCGGCUUAUUGGAUAAGUGGAAGAUUGAUGAUAAGCCUGUAAAAAUUGAUAAGUGGGAUGGAUCAGCUGUGAAAAACUCUCUGGAUGAUUCUGCCAAAAAGGUACUUCUGGAAAAAUACAAGUAUGUGGAGAAUUUUGGUUUAAUUGACGGCCGCCUCACCAUCUGUACCAUCUCCUGUUUCUUUGCCAUAGUGGCUUUGAUCUGGGAUUACAUGCACCCUUUUCCAGAGUCCAAGCCUGUUUUGGCUUUGUGCGUCAUAUCCUAUUUUGUGAUGAUGGGGAUUCUCACCAUUUAUACCUCAUAUAAGGAGAAGAGCAUCUUCCUCGUGGCCCACAGGAAAGAUCCUACAGGAAUGGAUCCUGAUGAUAUUUGGCAGCUGUCCUCCAGUCUCAAAAGGUUCGAUGACAAAUAUACCCUGAAGCUGACUUUCAUCAGUGGAAGAACAAAGCAGCAACGAGAAGCUGAGUUCACCAAAUCCAUUGCUAAAUUUUUUUGACCACAGUGGAACGCUGGUCAUGGAUGCGUAUGAACCUGAAAUAUCCAGGCUCCAUGACAGUCUUGCCACAGAAAGAAAAAUAAAAUAA